GAUCAUCCAGCAAUUCUGAACUAUACAAACCAAUUAUGCCUCCCACUCUGACUGAUCUUCCUUCAGAGGUUAUCCUGGAACAGCUCUUGCCCUUACUACCUCUUAAAGACGUCUUACGCCUCUCACAAGUCAAUCAUCAGCUUCAUACUCUCACACUCGACCCCUCCUAUUGGCGUCACAAGACAACUUCUGAUUUUUCUUUUUCUCCUUCUUCUCAUCCACCUUUUCCUUCGUCGGAUUGGUGGCGGCGGGUAUAUUUUGGCCUCUUGCAGCCACGCGCGUUUGUAUGGGGCUCAAGCAAUAACUCUCGCUUGGGCGGUGCCGAGAAUAACAAAGGAGCAAGAAAGUUUGGAAGCUUUGUUGACUGUCCUGCAGAAAUACGGCUCAAUGAAAGAGAAUCUGGAGGGAAAACAUGGACUGAAAGUCUGAAAGAUAGUCUGGUUGGGUUAACACACGGGAUCGUUGGUGACGCACCCAGCGAGCUAGGAGGCGCUGGGGUCGUAGAAUUACACGCUGGAGGAUGGAGUUUCACCGCAAGGUGCAGUGAUGGCUCUGUAUGGGUUUGGGGUCAACUGGACGGAAGGACGAUGUCUUUCAGAGAAAAAAGCUGGGAAAACAAGUACUGCAUUGUUCCAGAACCUACCAGAAUCCCUUUGCCUUGCAAAGCGGAGUCCAUAAGUCCUGGCAGGUCCCAUUUGUUGAUAUUGGAUUCGGAUAACCUUGUCUGGGAACUGACGGCUUGGGGACUAGCUUAUCACCACACUGCGACAGAACUCACUUCACCUGCGCAUUAUGGCUCAAAUCGACAUCCUCCCCAUGUCGUCCAGUUGUCAACAGGCUGGACACAUUCCGCUGCUCUCACGUCGGGAGGCACAAUCUAUAUAUGGUUUCCAUUUUCGGACCCCUACAAACAGUCGUUGACUCCUGAUGCUGAGCUUAAUGUCCUAAACCCGCAUGGGGUGGAAGACGAUGCUGACAACGGCGCAAGGGGUCUGCGAUGGGGCACGGUAACCGGUAAUGUCCUAUAUGAAUUGCCAGCUGUUCCUGUGAGACCUGAGUAUGUUACACUGCCUGCAGAAGAUUUCAACAGCGAUGCGAAAGAGGUCCUUGGGGGGCUAGACGCUGAGUGGAAAGAAUAUGAUACGACACAUACUGCUGAGAUUCUCGAAGAAGGUCAAAAAAUAGUCAAGAUCGCCAGCGGGCUUGAAUUUAUCCUUGCUCUUAAGAAAAACGGCGAGGUGUGGUUUACCCCGGUGAAGGACGGUGUUCCUCCGGUUUGGUACUUUGUUCCAUAUUUCUCAUCUCCCGCAAUCACUCAUAUAACCGCCCAGUUUGAGUCCAUCACAUCCUACGCAACUGCAACCCAGCAAAAGCAGUCGUCUGCAGUCUACCACACUAGAGUCCCUGCCGAUACAGUUCCACCCCCUUCAUUCACUUCCGAACCGACAGUUUUGCUACAUAGACCUGACUUUCUUCCAGACUUACAGAAUAAGGGUAUUAUUCAAGUUGCUUUGGGCGACUAUCAUUAUGCUGCUCUGACCAAUCGGGGUGAGAUGCUUACUUGGGGUCAGGGAGGGAAUGGCCAAUUGGGAUUGGGUGCCGAAGGCAGACGAGGAGACGGAACCGUUCCGAAAUUGGUCAAGUUUGAGGAAGAGGAAGCUGGAAAGGAAGACCCAGGCUUUGUAUUCUCUAUAACGGCCGCAGGCUGGCACACCGGCGCUCUACUGCUGGGCAACAAUGAGCCCAAGAGAAAAGUAGGUGAUGAAUCUGCCGCCCAAUCACCUAUCCAUAGGACCGUGGACACUGUCUCAAACUCUCAACACCAAAGGGGAUCUCCGGAUAUAGCUCCAUACGAACAAAAUCCGCCUGUUACAAAUGGCAACCAUCCUCCUCCAUUCAGAAUAGGGUAUCCCGGAAGACACAUGUUCCGAGGUGUGAGGGGAGGACACAGUCAAAUGCCUGCUCCUGUCCAAGGCCAAAUCGACCCAUCUACCGCUAAUGAGCUUUCAGCUCGAGCAAAUCAAGGCGAGACCAGUGCCUCAUCUGAUCAAGCAGCUAGUAAUCAACCAGCUAGUAUCCAGCAUGAUACAAAUUCCGCAGAUUAUGGUAGUCAGCUGCCGAUGCCGCAACACCAUGUGUCUUCGCGCGCUGUUCGAGCAAUGCCGUUCUUCAGAGUCGGUUUCGCUGGAAGGGGAAGUUUUAGAGGUCGUGGAAGAGGGCAGCCUGGAAUAAAUGACGGGAAUGGGGUCGGGUUCAAUCCUGACGGACCUCAAUGAAGAGUUGCAAAUUUGAAUUACAGUGUACAUAUAUAAGAUAUAUGUGUCAUAAAUAAGUAUGACUAUUAUGGCUCUGUAUACAAAUGCAUCAUGAUCUAUAGC